GCUGUGUUGUGCUGGUUGUCGGGUUGGGGUUAGGGAUCUUUGUAGAGCAGGAGGACCGUGUUGUCGGCCGCUGACUGCACCUCCCUUCCUCCGGGAUACAGGAGGUGGAGGCUAAGCUAAGGUGUAGCACCGAUAUGGGACACCGGAGGGGUGGAGAAUAGGCAACGGUGUAGAACAUAUAUGCUAGACUAAACAAAUGAAAGCUGGACGAAGGUGUCUGCUAUGUAAAGGACAGCGCCGAGCUAAAAUAGAUGUGAACCUCGGGUUUUUUCUUCAAGAUCCGUUAGCGGGGCGCUAGUUAGCUGUCAUCAAGGGUGGACUGACUGGAGUCGGUUUAAUUUGCCAAGCCAUGUCGCACCUGACCUCACUCACCCAUGCUCUAGCUACCUAGCCUGCACUAAGGCUAGCAGGCUUAAUUAGGCUGUGUUUUGUGUGAGAGUGUGUGUGUGUGUGUGUCUGUGUGUGGAAGGAACAAGGAGAAAAUGGGAUUCGGAAAAGAUCUUCGGAAUUCCCAUGAAGGCCUCCUUAAACUCCAGGACUGGGAGCUGAAGCUGCUUGAGACGGUGAAGCGCUUCAUGACGCUGCGUGUGAAGAGUGACAAGGAGUAUGCCGCCAUGCUGCUCAAUCUGAGCCGGCAGACAGAGAACCAGAACCCGGACUACAGCAGCACUGUCAGCCAGUCAUGGACCCAGCUGGUGAAGCAGACGGAGGAGCUGGGGCGCGUCAUGCGGGGCCAUGCGGACGAUGUCAACUCUGGGCCGCUCCAUCGCCUAGCCACACUGAUCCGGGACAAGCAGCAGGUGAAGAGGAGCUACCAGACCCUCCACACCACCCUGGACAGCGAGCGCAGCAAGGUCACAAAGGCCGAUCUGGAGAAGCUGAAGGCUACGUAUCGUCAGCUUACGAGAGAGGCCCACACCGCGAAAGAAAAGUACAAGGAAGCCAUGGUCAAAGGCAAAGAGGCGGAGCGUGCUCGUGAGCGCUACGACAAGGCUACCGCCAAGCUGCACAACCUCCACAACCAGUACGUGCUGGCGGUGCGCACCGCGCGGCUCCACCAGGAGCACCACCGCUGCCACGCCCUGCCCCGCCUCCUGGACUCCCUGCAGAGGAUGCAGGAGGACAUGACCGGUGCACUGAAGUGGAUUCUGGAGGACUACAGCCAGAUUAGCAGCCUUCUUGGGGAGGAAAUGGUUCGUGUUCACCAGGAAAUCCAGGAUGCCAUCCAGAGCAUCGACCCAGUCGCCGAGUACCAGUACUACGCUCAAUCCCACAGGACCCCUGAGCCAGAAGAAGCCGAUGUGGAGUUUGAUGCGUCUCUUUUGGAAGACACAGAGAACAUGGCAGCCAAUGAGAUCCUGUGGAACAAUCUGACCGCCGAAAACCUCCAGGCCCUGUUGUCGUCGGGGACUGUGGAGCUAGCACUGACACAGGAGAGCCUGAGCAGUAAAGAGGCCCUGCUCUCCGACCUGGAGGCCAAGCUGCAGGAGUCGACUCAAAGCUGCCAGAAGAAGAGCGACGGGGUGCUGUUGCUCGGCCAGCGGCUGUCGGUGGAGGAGCUCCGUCAGGCCGUCCAGGCCCUGCGCUGCUCUGAGGAGAAACUGCUUUCCCAGAAAUCGCUGCUUGAAGAGAAGCUGAUUUCCCCUGGCAACAGUGGCCCUGGCAACAGUGAUGCCCCUCCCCUGCCCCCAGUUGUCCCGCCCCCAACUCUCAAUUACGAGGACGAUGCCCAGUCCGUUGGCUCCACGGACAAAGGUAAAGAUCGUAUCUCUAAGUUUGACACACUACGCCACUCUCUGGCUGGGAUGAUCCGCUCUCCCAAAUCUGUCCUCUCCUCCUCAUCUUCGCAGUUCUUUGACGUGAUCGGGCCGGCCACCUCCUCGUCGUGCCCCACGGGGGGGCUGGGGUCGGGGUCGGGCGGGGCCGAGCGGCCCCUGGUGGAGCUGGACUGGUACCACGGGGCGGUGCCGCGGGCAGAGGCCCAGGACCUGCUGCGGCUUCACGGAGACUUCCUGGUCAGAGAGUCUCAUGGGAAACCAGGAGAGUACGUCCUGUCGGUGUACUGGGAGGCCACGAGGCGCCACUUCAUCAUCCAGUACGCCGAGAACCAGUAUCGGUUUGAAGGGACCGGGUUUCCCAGCAUCCCGCAGCUCAUUGAUCAUCACUUCAGCACAAAGCAGGUGAUCACCAAGAAGUCCGGAGUCAUCCUACACACCCCUGUGCUCAAGGAUAAAAAAUGGAUUUUAAAUCACGAAGAUGUGGUUUUGGGCGAACUGUUGGGCAAGGGUAACUUUGGGGAGGUGUUUAAAGGCACUCUGCAGCGAGACAAGAUGGCCGUGGCUGUAAAGACCUGUAAAGAAGAUUUACCUCAAGAGCUGAAGAUCAAGUUCCUGUCAGAGGCCAGGAUCCUUAAGCAGUACGAACAUCCCAACAUUGUUCGUCUGAUCGGAGUGUGCACGCAACGGCAGCCUAUCUACAUAGUGAUGGAGCUAGUACCAGGUGGGGACUUCUUGUCAUUCCUGAGGAAGAAGAGGGAUGAGCUGAAGACAAAGCAGCUCGUCAAGUUUGCCCUGGAUGCUGCCGCAGGGAUGGCUUAUCUGCAAGCCAACAACUGUAUACACAGGGAUCUGGCAGCCAGGAACUGCUUGGUUGGGGCAGAGGGGGGCGGGGUUGGUGGGGGUGGGCGAAGCUUCAGUGGAGGAAGUGGGCGAGACAUCCUGAAGAUUAGUGACUUUGGGAUGUCCCGUCAGGAAGACGACGGGGUUUACUCUUCCUCUGGCCUCAAGCAGAUCCCUAUCAAGUGGACCGCCCCCGAAGCCCUUAACUACGGGCGGUACAGCUCAGAGAGUGACGUGUGGAGCUUCGGUGUGUUGCUAUGGGAGACCUUCAGCCUGGGGGUGUGUCCUUACCCCGGCAUGACCAACCAGCAGGCGAGGGAGCAGGUUGAGAAAGGCUACAGGAUGUCCCGCCCUGAGCGUUGCCCUGACGACGUGUUCCGCAUGAUCGAGAGAUGUUGGCGCUACAGUGCCGAGGAGCGACCCAAUUUCUCUGAGCUGCAGCGGGACCUGGCCGCCAUCAAGAAGAAGUGAGGGACCCCUGAACUGUGAGCUGCUGCAGGACCUCGCUGCCCUCCAGAAGAAGUGAUGGACCCCAAAACCCCUCACACCGAUUCACCUUCUCUGAGCUGCAGCCGGACCUCGCCGCCAUCAAGAAGAAGAGAUGGACCCCUGAACUCUGAGCUGUUUCGGGACCUCAGGGCUAUUCAGAAGUAGAGGACCCCUGAACUAAACCCAGCCUCUGACCCCCUCCCACCUCUACUGACACUUUGAGUGAAUAACACAAAACACAAGCUAACAGGAUCACUGGUGUCAGCCGCAAACUGUUAGCCACUAGCUUUAGAUGCUAGCUGUUAGCCACUAGUUUCUAGCUGCUAGCUUCAAGUCACUUGCUGUUGUUAAGUAAAAGUAAUGAGGGAUAUUGGAGGUUAUCUGAAGAUUGGAAAAUAAUAUACAGUCCUUGGAUUUGUAUAUACUACAAAAUUAUAGUAAAGAUGAACCUAACUAACGAAUGAAACACAUGUAAUCAUUGUGUUCCACCACAAUCGAAAGAUAAACACUUAAAAGGCUAAUGUAGCGUGAGGAAGGAAUGAGGGGCAUCAAUGAUGCACCCUCAUGUUUCCAGAGCUCCGGAGAGCAGGCCCUAGCAGGUAGUUGCUAGAGACAAUUUGGAAAAAAAAUGAUGAAUAUAUCGAGGGAGAUAAAACUAGGAACAAUGCUAGGAACAAAAUACAGCUUUUGAUUAUCUUACUACACCCUCAAACAACACUCACUAGCUGUUAGCCACUAGUUGUUUGGAGCCAACUGUUAGCCGCUAGCCACUUCAGGGAAACACAAGCUUAUAUGAAGAGCAAAGACAAAACCUUGGAGGCAGACCUCCAUUUGACUUUGAUCAAAAUAAUUACUGCAAUAGUAGUUAUAUUUAGUACUUCCUUUAACUAAAUGUACUUAAGAACUUCGUUUCAUUGAAACUACUAAAGUACUUCCGUUAACUGACACUACUAAAGUACUGAAUUUAAUUGAAACUACAAAAUUACUUCCUUUAACUGAAGGUGGGAAUAUGUUAAAAGUAUUGCCCUUGGACAGAAGGAUUUACUGUCUGAUGAGAGGCUUGGCUUGAUAAGGUAGGCAACCAUAGCUAGCCGCUGUGGCAGCUUAAGUAAUGAAGUGGGCAUGCUGUUACUUCUGCUGAAAAACCUCUCCAGGAAGGACAAACUUUUGCUCCCUGUCCUGGGCUCACUACAUACACUACCAAGUUUGGUAGCGCAGAUCUUUGAUUGGGGACUUCCGCAAGCUGGUGAGCUACCAAUACUGGUUUCUCCAGCAUUCUCCCAACAGUUUUUAUAAGUUUUGUAUUUUCUGAUUGUUUAAGUAUGGAAGCAUAAAUCUAUCUAACAAACCUUGCCAAAAAUGAUUAGACAUUUUUAACCCUAAAAUGUUGCCAAAUAUUAAUUAAAUGUGGCAAUAUUCUGGCUUUUUUUGCCUUUUGCUAUCCUUCCCAGGGUUAUACAAAAUCAUUGAUCAGUUCAUUGCUCCCCCAGUACAUACCUGGGACCGGUUAGCAUUAUGUAAAUUUCAAUUUCCAGAUUAUGACAAAAUUAAUCAUUACUUGUGUGUAUCCAGAAUAAACCAUGUGAAGAUAAAUUUCCAAAAUGAGAAUUUGGCUUAUUCUAGAAACAUUUGCUGCAGCCUGAUUUUUUUUUAUUUUUUAUUUUUUUCAAAUGCCAGUUUCUACAAAUCAAUUGUGAUGAGAAGAAAUGGUUAUCCUGAACAAAAUGGGUUGUAGUAACUGAGUAAAAUAAACUGCAUUUUCGUUUUUGGAAUUCAACUUUUUAAUGUAGGAUAUUCCAGAUAUACACACCUAAAUGGAGUCAUGUUUGAUAUAUCUGGAAGGUGUAUUAAGUUGAGUUGUGGAGCUAAUACUCAGCCAACCUUGAAUUGACAUCGGUGCCCAUAGGCUUACUGUGUAAGUAAGGGGGUCGCUGAACCGAUGGACAGAAAAGUGGUCUCCCUGCUCUGGUCCAUCCCCCUGGAAGGAACACAAAAUGGGUAAACAACUCUAAAUUGUCAGCUAACCCUGUAAGUGACCUUCUUUUACUGCCUUGCUUUGAGGCCACGUCGCCUUCCCAAUAAUCACAACCCAACCCCCUCUAUACCGAACACACACCCUCCCACUGAACACUAACUAUCCCCCCUGACCACACCCCCUCUCAAUCGGCUCAUUAAAUAUGUAACAUAUUUCAGUUAUUUUUUAUUCACGUUGGUUUACUUUGUUUGAUUUGUUUUAGUUCUUUAAUGUUUAACUAUAUAUUGGGGGGGGGGGGGGGGGGUUCUACCAU